CAUUUACGGAUGCGACAUGCUUUGAGUAAAGUUGAUUAUUAAAAUUAGUUGUUAAGUUUUAACUGGACUUUAUUGUAGUAAAAGAAACACUACACACAAUGCCUUUCUUAAAAGGGAGAGCUGCCAUUCGUCGGUCUUUAAACUACUUGAAAAGCGGGAAUCUUAGAAUUAGGAAAGGAGUGAGGACGAUGAUUAUACACUACAACGUUGAUGAGAAGAAUAGUACUGGACUGAAGCAGAUUGUGUUUUGGCACAUUCCACAGAUCAGAUAUCAGAACCCACAAGUACAGAUCGCCAUUUUCAAGAACAUGACCCCUAUACCAUGUAUCCGGUGUCUGAUAGAUGAUGGCUCAGAGAUGGUAAUUGACACUGAUAGUAAAACUAAAGAUGAAAUUAUGGCACACAUGGACCUUGUUAUAGGAAUACCACAGAGAGAAAGGAGGGAGUUUGAAGAGCGCGCACUGAGGAGCAACAUUUCCCCCAAGUUUGGUUUUGACUGUCCACGCUGGUGUAUUUGUGAAGUGCCGGGACAGGUGCCUUGCCCAGGCUACGAACCCUUGCCCGAACAUCUGACAGGAAAGUGGAGGAUAAAGCAGGCGGAGAAUGAUCUCGAUUGAUCUCUUCCUUAUCCUUGAGAACGGUGUGAGAGAUAUUGUACUAGCCAGAUGUGACCUGGGCCGUGGGGAAAUGCACACUUUAUAUUACAGUUAUGAUCAGGGCAUUAAGGAUGUUCUUUAGAUUUUUAAACCCUUGAAUGGGAGUUAAAAAUUUGAAUCUUGUAAAUAUAAGAAUGGCCAAUAGUUCACCCUGACACAAUAGACAAACACAUUAUUGGCUGCUGCAUAACAUAGACAAUUUACGGUUAGUGUUGUAUUUAUUGACAGUUCAUGAAUGAAUGGAUAAAGGUAGCAUGUCUUAUAGGAUGUCUUAUAGGAUCCUAUAGGACUUUUUCAUUAGGGAUGUCUGAACUGCUGUACACUUGCCAAGAACGACAUUUUAGUUAAAUUAUUCAUGGCAUCAGUUUAUGCAUCAACACAAACUGUAAUAAAAUGUAUUUUGAUUUUA